AUGCGGCUGUUGCAAUAUUUACUUCUGAUCGCAUUCUGUCAGAUCUCUCACUUGAAACGGCAUCAUCACUUAUACAAAGGACGAAAAUAUGACUUGACCUUAUUUAUAAGAAACCACAAUGUUAGUGACGCUACCUUUUUCCGUUUAGUCGGAGUAGAUAAUACAGCUGAUUUCAAUGUUACUGCCGGUAACACCUUUGAGCACACCUUUGAGGUCCGUCGAAAAGGAUAUUGGACCUUGUUUGUAGAAUUUCCGGGAGACCGAUAUGCGAAAUCUCCGCGUAAGAUAAUUUCAAGAGAUUCUUAUAGGAAAUGGGUAAUGGAAGUUUAUUAUUACCCGGGUGCAGUAGGGUUCAGCGAGUGGCAUAAGCUGAGCAGAAAGAGAGAAGCUCGUUUGUUGGAGAAGCACUAA